AUGAAGGACCCUGAUCACUCGUUGGAGCUGGAUAAAAUACUUUUACCAAACGAGAAUUCGAAAGGGGAGCGACUUUGUCACGGAGCCCUGAAAAUGCUGUCUCGUGGUAAAGGCGCCAGCAUCUUCGAUGCCAUUAAACUAAAGGAGGCAGAAACUGGAGCUAUAGACAGGGAAUUACUGAGUGCCGAGGAUAACGAGGGUUUUACGUUGCUUCACCAUGCUUCACGAUGCAAUAAAGUUGAUGAGGUCAUCUGGCUAUUAAACAGGGGAGUUGAAAUCGACGUACUUGGAAAUAACGGGCUCACUGCACUCAAUAUCGCCGUCAGGUAUGAUCUAGUUAUUAUAAGCAAAAGAAUCGAUGUUAUCUGUAAAAACCUUUCUGAGUUUAGAAAAAUCUGAUUUUUAUUUUUCUUUUCUGUUUUGAUAAAACCAUUAUCUAUGCUUGGCCUUCCUUCGUCGUCGGAAGCCGACUGUGUGUUUGUGAAUAGAGGCCAAUAUGCAAAUUGUUUUCGGUGUUUGAUUUCCUACGGAGUGGAAUAGUCGAAUAAUAAAGAUGGGUGCUAAUCCGAAACAAUGGUCAGACAAAGGCUCUUAACUCUCAAGGAAUCGUGUAAGUUGACAAAUACUGUUUGAACGAACCACCAAAAAGUCAAGAUACAUUAGAAGAUAUUCUUACCAACGUCAUAUUUGCCACGAUCUCGGUUACAUACGCUAUCGAUAUUCUGAAAAAAAAAACCUAACACACCAAAUCGAAUAUAAAUGAGCUCUUUUGGAGCCCUAAAUGAAUACGCCCAGUAAAUAAAUCUCCUGCCUUGUCACAACGUGGAUAUCUUGGAACCCAAGCCCCAAGCACUCUGCAUGGCAACCCAUGUAUCAAAGCUGUCACCUGCCCUUGUUCUAAUUAGCAAUAGAGGUUAAUUAUCUCUGUCUUCUAUUACGCCCCUUUCAAAAUGAAACUUUCCAAAUAUAACUUCUCGGCAGGUUAUGAUAUUUCUUGAGGUGCAUGUUGCUGAAUGCAUCCCGAUUGCUGCCUACGUCGUUGCUUGUCGCCAAAGCCUUUCAAUGUUUCAGGAACGUUUCUUAUGUUUGAGGAAGAUGUCUUCCUUUUUAUAGAUCUUGGCUGAUCCGAACUUAUUUGUAGCAAGUUUUGAGUCACUCGGAAUUAAAACGCUCUUCUGAAAAACUAUCGUAGGCGUCUCAUCUCUGUUUCCUCAGAAAAGAGAAAGCUACAACGUGUUCUGGGCAUUCAAAAAUAACUUUUUCUACUCAUCUCAGUAGACUUAGUAAGUAGUCUCCGAGCUCAAUCCGUCCAAAUCAUCAUUAGUCUACUUCUAAUAUAUGUACCAUUCAUGAUUAUUCCUUUACUUGAAAUUUUAUCCUUAACAUUGCAUUCCAACUAGUAUACCACAUAAGUUUACAUCUUAAUUUAUUUUCCAGAAAUAAUUGCACCGAGGUUGUAAGAAUUCUACUUCAAAAAGGCGCAGACCCUUCAAUACCUGACGAAGAAAACGAGACGCCACUGCUUUUCGCUUCUCGGCGAGGGUACAAUGAAAUCGCAGCCCUUCUCCUGAAGGAUUCCAGGACUGAAGUAAACUGUGCUAACUCAGCAAAAUUUACGCCUUUCCAUGGCGCGAGUGGUGGCGGUGACCGUUCGCUUUGUGAAAUGCUCUUGCAGUAUGGAGCUGAUUUAUUUGCAAAAACUGGUAACCUGACGACUGCACUUCAUUUUGUGGCUUUCAACUCAAACGAAGACGUUUGUGAACUGCUCAUCUCCACAGGUACAUAUAAAUGUUUAUCACAUUUUGUUAGGACGACACGACAGAAUCCGAAAUGUUGUCAUGAAAAAACUCAAGAAAGAGUUGAAUGCAACUUUACCUUACAUAAGUGAGAUGAUGUCUUAAUUCCAUGUGUAACCGAUAUGAAUACAGAUACCAUCGUCAGAUGAAAUUUGAAGUGUAUUCAUAAAUCGUUCUCCAUUUAAAAAAAUUGUUCUCUGUUGCAGCUAAGAAGAAAUGCCCGUCUGUGAGAGACUUUUUGAAUGCUAAAGAUGUUGAGGACAGCACAGCCUUGCACGUAUGUUGUCGAAAGGGAGCUUCUAAAGUCGCGGAAUUAUUACUGCGUUAUGGAGCGGAUUAUGAAGCAGUUACCGGAGUGAACUUCAGCACUCCUCUCCAUCUCACUGCAAUGUAUGGCCACGAGGAAAUAACAAAGCUGUUACUUACUUGUGGUGCCGACAUUUCUAGUAAAGAUGGACAUUUGCAGACGCCUCUUCAUAGGUAAGAACAUGUCAUAAGUGUUGAAGCCAAAGGUGGCCCGUACGGUUAAACCUCUACGGCAAAUUUACACCUCCGUCUUAGAAGUUGUAAACGACAAUCGACCAUAUCAUGCUCAAAGGUUGGAUGACAUUUUGCACUAUCUUAUAAGCAACUAUCCAUCCCAUAAAUGGGUCGAUGUAGAAAUUGUGGUGGGGUUGAGCAGCGGAUUAAUUGCUAUCUGGUUUAUAAAUGGGGUAGCUUCUUUUUACAGAAAUAUCUUGAACAUACAUAUCUUGAAUGGAUAGAGAUUUCACAGGUAAGCAGCAUAAUUAGAAAAUCGAGGUCAAUAUAAAAAUGGCCGAACUACAUAGAGCGGCUUGGCAAUUUUCAAAAAUUUCAAAAAGUAGAUGUCAUUCGAUUAGUCGGUGAUCAUUUCUCACAGUAAUCGUUUUCGGAAUCAAUGUAGUAAAAUCAUGAUAUUUCUGUUUCGUGCUAGGGCUGCUGCGUUUAAUCAAGUGAAUAUAGUCAAAAUCUUGUUGGAUAGUGGAGCCGAUAAAGAGGCUAAAGAUAUGAUGGACAUGACACCAUUUUUGGGUGCUGUUGUUCAUGGAGCUAAGGACACAGCAGAGCUGCUGCUCAAUCAAGGAGCAAACGUUAUGGCUGUCGAUUCCGGUCACAACAGUUGUCUUCAUUUAGGCGUAAAACGCAAACAGCUAGAGAUUGUUAAAAUGCUGCUGGUUACUGAAGGAAAAGAAAAUCUGAUGAAGCUGAGGAAUAACGAGCUUCAAACUUUCGUGCAUAUUGCAGCUUCUCUCGAGCAAAAAGAGGUGAGUUGGAUCUUCUUUUGCAGUUCUUGCCUGUGAGAAGAAUUGGUGGCCACGAUCUUGUAGGUGAUGAGAUCAAGUAAUCGAGCUCAUGAUAAGAAAACAGCCUACUGAGUCCAAUUGUGGGAAUCUCGUGUCCCGGAAGUUUCAAUCCUUCUUAGGUACGUUGUCAGGAAAGGCGUUGAGUACGCAAAAGCUGUCUAUUAGCUUGUGUAAACACGUACCAGUCUCUCAAUGACUAAACUAUUAAGUUGAGACUCUCUUCACGCAUUUAAGCUCUUUCUCACUCUUUUUCUUCAAACUUCAACCCCUCUCCAUCUUCCUCUUUGAUUAACUAAACGGAAAGAGAGUCGCCUCAUGAGAUAGUUAAAAACUACUGCGUAACGACGAGCUCAAAAAUCUCAUUAAUUCCAGCAAAGACUACAAUAUUUCUGGGUACAAAUCCCGUGGGCGUUUCUCAAAAGAUAUUCAGAGUUUGAUGAGCCAAUCAGAGGGUCUUCGAUGCUUUCCACGGAAUUGGUACUACGAAUGCGUACUGUCUGUUAUCAAUAUAAACUUACCUUUGUUUCCCCCUCAACAGAUUCUUGAUAUCGUUCUGCGAGACGACUUCUGGUUGAGCCAAAGGGACUUGAAUGAAAGAAUUCCAUUACACAUUGCGGCAGAAAAUGGUUCACUGGAAUGUGUUCACUCUCUGAUGAGUUGCAAGGCGCUUUUCAUUUAUGGAAACGACAGAGAUAAGGACGGAAUGAGUCCGCUCCAUCUCGCUGCUUUGAACAAGCACUUGUAAGUUUCUGUUUUUGUUUUUGCUUUUUUGAAUUUUUUUUCAUCAUUUCUCUAAAAAGAAGUAGGGCUCGUCAAAAUGUGAGAUUACACACUCCCCGAGAAUUUGCAGUUGUUUCGGAGCAAUCACUGAAGUGUAUUACACCCACAGGGUCCUCUGCGAUCCACAAUACAAGGCUCGUUUAGGAUCCAUGUCUAAAAUUAUUCCCUGUCAAGAGUCCACGUAUUAUUUUUUGGCAAAAUGUACAAAGCCUUACCUUUUAACACCAAAACUGUGAAUAUGCAAACAGUACCUUUCCCUUCCUCCAUUCCCCGUAAUAAUUAAUGACAUCUCCAUCUCCUUGUGACGAAAUAAUUAAGUGAAUGAGCGGCACUGUCCACCAAUUUUUUGUUUUCUAGAGAAACUUGUGUUGUUUUGAUGUCUAAAGGAAGUGACGUAACCGCACUUGACAACCAACAGUGUACUCCACUUCAUCUAGCCGUCAAGGUUGGCUCAUUGGAAACUGUCCGACUGUUGUUGAGUCCUAUGUUGCCAAAUACACUUGAGGUUAAAGAUAAAGAUCAAAACACACCCCUUCAUGUGGCAGGAAUGCAUAAUCGUGUCGAAAUUUUAAAUUUUCUUUUGGACCAAGGAGCUGAUGUCACGGCUCGAAAUAGCAAGAAUAUGACUUGUCUCGACGAGGCUAUCGAGUGGAAUGCAGUUGAAGUGGCAGAAACACUCGUCAGGCAUAAAAGGUUAAGUAUGGUUAGAACGUUUGGUCCACUACGGUUGGCUCGAUGAGACGUAAUCCUUCAUAUAAACCUUAUUCUAAGCUUAUCUCUCUUAGGUUAUCUUUUGGAUUAACGUGUGAGGUCUAAUGUUUCUUGUACCCGGCUCUCUCCCUGAUAGAAUAAAUUUGGUGCAUAGCCAAAAUUAUUUUCAAAAGAUCUCCAAAACAGGAUUGAUCUAUUAAAGAAGUCUUACUAACUACGCGUCUUAAGGAAUUCGCUUUCCUAACUUGAUCCUUUCUUCACUUAAAAAUGAAACAUAAACUUGAUUUCUUGAAAAUAGAUGCAAUGAAUUAAUUGGGCUUUCUUUUUGUUAGGAUUGUAUACCCUUUUUUAUGAAUUCCACAACCGGUUUACGGCGUAUAUUUGCAAUUGGUAAGGAAAACUUUUCCCAAGUGAUUUUCGAAAGUGAAGCUCUCGCUGUCAUACUGGAACGCUGUCAAAACAAAACCUUGUAACAUAGAAUUGUUUUCAUAAGUUCCUCGGCAUUUCAUUGCGUUAGAGUUCGAUGUUCUCUCAUUGUUUUUUGACGUUUAUUUUCUAGAUGGAAGGAGGUUUUGUGCAACACUCCUGAGGAUCAAAUUACACCCAUGGAAAAACUGAUAGAAAAGCUUCCAGGAGUAGCAGAGAUUGUUUUGGAUCAGUGCAUCAACUACAGCGACCUGCCAACUAAUCAUCCCGAUUUUACGGUCUCUUUCAAUUUCCUUCCUUUGGAUCCGGCUGCUGAUCCAACAGGUCAUCAUUACUUUUUCGGUCCAGCUUCCAUGGCAAAGUAUCGUCGAGAGAGUCUCUUAGAUCAUUGUGUGACGCAGACGCUUUUAAAGUGGAAAUGGCUUGUUCUAGGAAAGUAUGUUAGCUAUUUUAACUUCGCAGUUUUCAUCGCAUUUCUUAUAGUUUUUUCCGUGUUCAUCGUCCAGCAAAGAGACAAAGUGAACUUUUCAAGUGGCAAUGCAGUAACCGAGGCUGGCGAGGAUUCCAAGAGCCUUCCAGGUGUUAUCUUUGCGUUCUUGAUUAUAUCCUUGUUAAAAGAGAUAUUUCAGAUAUUUUGGCAGCGUCUUGAAUACUUUAAGGAUUACACAAAUUUGGUAGACCUAAGCAUGUAUUUGAGCACUUUGAUCUUUAUUCUACCUUAUUUGACCAACCAAGAGCUGUAUGGCGACGUUCGCGUGCAGUGGACUUUCGGAACGUUAGCCUUGUUGCUAUGCUACAGCAAUUGGUGUCUCUCUCUACGUCGCAUAACUUCUUUAUCGUUGUACAUAACCAUGUACAUCGAGGUACUGCAGACAUUUGUGAGGGUGAUCCUCAUCUUUGCCGUCUUGCUCUUGGGAUAUACAUUGGUCUUCUACGUUCUUUUAAAAGAAGAGGUAAGAUGUUAAUUUUUUGAAGCUAACGUUGUGCAAUGUUGAUUACUAGCAUGCACAAUAAGAACCACCGACCAUAAAUAUGGAGGAUCCGCCAACUGUUGCAAAAUUUCGUUAUUCAUUUUAUUUUUGCUGGAGGACCCUUUGAUGAACCUUUUUCUAAAAUUAGAUCCUGUUUAUUUUUGCCAAAAUAGUUUCCAUUAAUAGCAUUGGAUGAGUUGUUACCGGCUCAUUCAGGUCUGCGGUUGAAACUUCAAUAGAAUUUAAAUUCUCAUUACCUUUACGUCGAGGGUUGAUCACAACUUACAGUUUAUUAGAUAUCUUGGUCACUGUGUGCGCUUACGUUGCCUUUCUUUUCAGGAUACCUUUUCAUCUGUUUGGGUUUCUAUGGCGAAAAUAUUUGUUAUGUUGUUGGGCGAAGUGGACUAUACUGACAUUCUGUCUGACAACGUGGUGAACAGCGCCAAAGUCCCGGGCACGAGUAACCUGUACGUUCCUCUGCCGGUGCUGUCGUAUAUCUUGUUCAUACUGUUCGUGUUGUCAGUCUCCAUCGUCCUUAUGAAUCUCCUGGUGAGUCACUGUACCCAUAAUUAGCUCCAUACUCGAUGGUGCGAUCAAAAGAAAAAAAGAAAGGUUACAAAUACCCAAAGCCGACUUGUAUGUUAUUCAUCUUAAUUCCGACCCGGGGAACUAGGCUAUAUAGUUCAUUACAAGGCCCCUUAAACAUACACGAGUGUCUUUCACACUACCUUAGUUUAAUGAUUUACUUUGUGUAUAGGCCCCUUUUAAAUUUGUUUUUCUCCUGAGUAGCCUCAGUGAUAGUUUUACUUUGGUGAGUCCUUAACGGAAUUCUCCAAUUGAGGGCCUUACCUGUUCACUAGUGUCAGACUUAUAGGAAUACAUGAUUUACCUUGUGUUCUUACUGACUUCUUCUCGAAUUUUCGGUUUUUUUAUUGACCUCUUUAGUAGUUAACUUUGGCUUUGCAACAUUCAACUGAGAAGCGCUCUAAUUACUGUUACUAUGUUAGGUCGGUCUGGCCGUUGGGGACAUAGACUCUAUUCAGAAGACAGCAACUCUGCGAAAUUUGAUAGAUCAAGCUUUGUUAGUGGACAGUAUACGAAAGAGAUAUCCGACGUGGAUGUUAAGACUAACUUACAAAGAAUACCUUGAGUUCAAACUGAAUCAGAACACGACUGUUAAGAGGUAUGUUUUGCAUUAAAACGUACUCAGAUCGUGUUGGUGAACUACUCAAAGCCCGCUCUUAAAAUGCAGAUUUGAAUUGUGUGGAUUUCUCUUGUGGAGUUGAAAGUUGAAAGCUUCCACAGAAUGACUCUUGAAACGGCCUUCUGAAUUUCCUAAUUUUUAAUACAAAUGCAAGAAACAAAGGCGGCCGCCUUUAUUCAAGGAGAAUCAUUUGCAAAGGGGAAAUGCUCUUAUGAUUUAGUAAUUACCCGAAAAACGUGUCAUAUAUACAGUGCUAUCGUGAAAAAAAGAAGAGUCACAAAUUCUGCUUUUCUUUCAGAUUUGUUUUUUCUGGUACGGGUCUCUCAAAUGAAGAUUUCCUGGAUAUCAUUGGCAAGAACGAAUCCAGCCAAAACGAAGAUGAAGGUGACUUGGAUGAGUAUGAUCGGCAGAGGAUCGAAAGGCAAGAAGAACAAAUGAAGAGACUUCAAGCCACUGUAGAUGCUCAAAGCAAAGUACUCACAGCCAUAGCUAAUAAACUGGGGAUAAAUGAAUAACU